CGCUCGGGCGCAAUUCUGAUUCUUGCUUUGCUGCUGGGACUCCAAUGCUGCGGUGCCAAAAUCAAGCGUAGAUUAUGCCAUCUCAACUCUUUAUCUGAAGCAUGAAGACCUGAGGAUUAUAUAAACGGCAUGGGCAAAGACAUAAAGCCCCAUCAUCAUCAUCCAUAUAGUAUCCUCCUUUCGUAGUCAGGAAUCGUAUUUUCAUCUCUUCAGAUGGCACAUCUUCCAGCCUCUCCCCGACUGUAGCAGCUCUUCUUAACGCAAGGGAUCGGAUCUAAGAAAGCGCAGGUGUGCCUGGUGUCAAGCUGGUUUUUGGCUUGGGGUGAGGUUACUUCCAUACGGGGGAAGUGUGUAUUUGAAGAGCCGAUGUGCGUUUGAAGUGGUGAAGGAGGAGGAAAGCAAGAAAACUGUGACACUGUGGCGCGAGACUCAACGUAUCACUGGAUCUUACAUUUAUACCUCAGGAGCAAUGUCAUCUCAAACGAAGACCAAGAAAGACAAGGAGAUAAUCGCGGAGUAUGAAACGCAAGUGAAAGAAAUCCGUAAUCAGCUGGUGGAGCAGUUCAAGUGUCUGGAGCAGCAGUCGGAGGCUCGGAUCCAGCUGUUACAGGACCUGCAAGAGUUUUUCCGGCGCAAGGCCGAGAUUCAGCUGGAGUAUUCACGUAGUCUGGAUAAACUAGCCGAGAGGUUUUCGUCAAAAAUUCGCGGCCCGAGGAAAGAACAGCACCUUCUUUCGUCUGUAAACUGCUGGUAUUUGGUACUGAACCAGACUCGAAGAGAAAGCAGAGAUCAUGCCACGCUUAAUGACAUCUACAUCAACAACGUCAUUGUUCGCCUGGCUCAGAUUAGCGAUGAUGUCAUCAGGCUCUUCAAAAAGAGUAAAGAAAUUGGGAUUCAGAUGCAUGAGGAGCUAGUGAAAGUGACAAACGAGCUGUAUACUGUGAUGAAGACGUAUCACAUGUACCAUACGGAGAGCAUCAGCGCAGAGAGCAAGCUGAAGGAUGCUGAAAAACAAGAGGAAAAGCAAUUUAGCAAGUCCGGAGACCUCAACGUCAACCUCCUGCGCCACGAGGAUCGACCCCAGCGCCGCAGCUCUGUCCGGAAGAUUGAAAAGAUGAAGGAAAAGAGGCAAGCCAAGUACUCGGAGAACAAGCUGAAAUGCACAAAAGCCCGUAAUGACUAUUUAUUGAACCUGGCAGCCACCAACGCCGUUGUGGCGAAAUAUUACAUCCACGACGUUUCGGAUAUGAUUGAUUGCUGCGACCUCGGUUAUCAUGCUAGCUUGGCACGCACGUUUAGGACGUACCUAUCUGCUGAGUAUAACCUGGAGACCUCCCGUCAUGAGGGUCUGGACGUCAUUGAGAAUGCUGUGGACAACCUGGACCCUCGCAGCGAUAAGCACAAGAUCAUGGAUAUGUACAAUCAGGUCUUUUGCCCGCCGAUGCGCUUUGAGUUCCUGCCGCACAUGGGAGAUGAGGUGUGCCAGGUGAGUGCCCAACAGCCAGUGCAGACGGAGCUACUGAUGCGUUACCACCAGCUGCAGUCGCGCCUGGCCACGCUCAAGAUCGAAAAUGAAGAGGUACGCAAGACCCUGGAUGCCACCAUGCAGACCUUACAAGACAUGCUGACAGUGGAGGACUUUGAUGUGUCAGACGCCUUCCAGCACAGCCGAUCCACAGAGUCCAUUAAAUCUGUUGCUUCUGAGAGCUAUAUGAGCAAGUUAAACAUCGCUAAGAGGAGAGCCAAUCAGCAGGAGACGGAAGUCUUCUACUUCACUAAAUUCAAAGAGUACCUGAACGGCAGCAACCUCAUCAUUAAACUACAGGCCAAGCAUGACCUGCUGAAGCAGACCCUGGGGGAAGGAGAAAGGGCUGAAUGUGGAACUACAAGACCCCCAACCCUUCCUCCGAAACCACAGAAAUUGCGGAAAACAAGGCCUCGCUCCAUCUAUAACCAUAAGCUGUUUAAUGGCAAUAUGGAGAGUUUCAUUAAGGAUUCAGGUCAACCCAUUCCUCUCGUUGUGGAGAGCUGCAUACGAUACAUUAAUCUAUAUGGGCUGCAGCAACAAGGUAUAUUUAGAGUUCCUGGAUCUCAGGUGGAAGUGAACGAUAUUAAAAAUUCAUUCGAGAGAGGUGAAGACCCACUGGUGGAUGAUCAGAGCGAUCACGACAUCAACUCAGUGGCAGGUGUUUUGAAACUCUACUUCAGAGGCCUGGAAAACCCCUUGUUCCCUAAAGAGCGCUUCUUAGAUCUCAUCUCCACCAUCAAGCUUGAAUCGUCCGCGGAGAGAGCUCACCACGUCCAGCAGAUAGUAGUCACCCUUCCUCGUACCGUCAUCAUCGUCAUGAGAUACCUAUUUGCAUUUCUCAAUCACCUGUCCCAGUACAGUGAUGAGAACAUGAUGGACCCAUAUAACCUAGCCAUCUGUUUCGGACCCACUCUGAUGCCCAUUCCGGACGGUCAGGACCCCGUGGCCUGCCAGGCUCAUGUUAAUGAGGUCAUCAAGACCAUCAUCAUCAACCAUGAAGUCAUCUUCCCCAGUCACCGUGAGCUGGAUGGUCCUGUCUAUGAGAAAUGCAUGACUGGAGGAGAGGAGUACUGUGACAGCCCUCACAGUGAACCGGGCACCAUUGACGAAGCAGACAACGGCACGGAGCCGCACACUAGCGAUGAUGAGGUGGAGCAGAUUGAGGCAAUCGCAAAGUUUGACUACGCGGGUCGUACUCCUCGAGAGCUGUCAUUUAAAAAAGGCGCGUCCCUCUUGCUGUAUCAUCGUGCGUCUGAAGACUGGUGGGAAGGCCGACACAAUGGUGUUGAUGGACUUAUACCUCACCAAUACAUCGUGGUACAAGACCUGGAUGAUGCAUUCUCUGAUAGUUUGAGCCAGAAGGCGGACAGCGAGGCCAGCAGUGGACCUUUACUAGAUGAUAAAGCCUCGUCCAAAAAUGAUCUUCAGUCUCCAUGCGAACCGUCAACUGAAUACAGCUUCAGCGGGGUCAUGGGACGGGUUCGUUUGCGUUCUGAUGGGUCGGCCGUUCCCCGGCGUCGCAGCGGGACGGAUGCUCACAGCCCUCCCCGGGACACACCGCCACGGGCCGCCGCCUGCCCCAGCAGUCCCCAUAAGAUUGCAGUCAGCAGAGGCCACAUAGAAAGUCCAGAGAAGAGACGUUUGGGGACCUUCGGCAGUGCCGGUAGCAUUAACUACCCCGAGAGAAAGAUCUAUCCUGAGGGUCAUCCUCUCAGGCCUGUCCCAGGAACAACAAGACACAGUAGUCUAGGAGACCAUAAGUCCCUGGAGGCUGAAGCUUUAGCAGAGGACAUCGAGAAGACAAUGAACACUGCGCUUCACGAGCUACGCGAACUGGAACGCCAAAACACGGCCAAACAGGCUCCUGACGUGGUUUUGGAUACUCUAGAACCCCUCAAGAACCCUGUGAGCUCCGAGCCGGCGAGUCCCUUACACACCAUCAUGAUUCGAGACCCCGACGCAGCCCUGAGACGCAGCAGCAGUUCCACCUCCGAGAUGAUGACCACUUUUAAACCGGCGCUGUCCGCGAGGCUUGCCGGGGCCCAGCUCAGACCUCCGCCCAUGCGGCCCGUUCGACCCCCACCCACACAGCACCGCUCAAGCAGCUCUAGCUCCUCCGGGAUGGGAAGUCCCGCCGUGACCCCGACGGAGAAGAUGUUUCCGAGCAACGCUGCUGCAGCAUCCUCCGCCAGCUCAGGAGAGAAACCCGGAACCAUGUAGCCUCGGUGGAACGGCGUAGCGGCCUUCAUCUAUGAGGUAGCGGCAGAGCAGAAUAGUCAUGCCCAGGCCAGGAAAUUCAGGUUUUGAAAAAGCUGUACCCCUGUUUUUGUUCUUUUUUGAGCCUUGGAAAGUUUGAUGCAUGUGAUAUGUAAAGCCUUGGGGCGUGCGAUGCAAAUCGGGUCUGGCUCAGGUGAUUUUUCCAGUUCUGUUUCUACUUUCUGUGAAUAAAAGUGGCAAAAAGCCUACACUUGUAACAAGAUAACAGGGUGACGGUGAUGUUUGAUGAAAAUAUGUCGUAGAGGGAAAGCUGGAAGUAAAAUUAAGACAAAAAAUGCAUUUAUUUUUUUCGUUUCAUUUUACCUUUUUAAACAUUGCUUGUUUUAGUUUGAGAAAGAUUACAUUUGUUUGCAAAAUAAGUUUUGUUAUUCGAAAGGGUGUGAACUCCCUCUCUCAUUGGAGGACUGUUGUGAAAUAGUCCCGCCUUCCAGAACUGGACUGUAAAUAUAUAAUAAAACCAAACUCACUCAAAGACAGCCAGCCUACAGCUGAGCUGUUGUAAAUAGAGAUAUACUGUACUUGAACUUGUAAUACUUUUCGUUUGUAGAAUAAGCGAUUAUAUUAAGUAACAUCAUAGCCAAGCUGUAAACAUAUAUGAGAUGCAGAAAACCAAUAUACCAACUAAUUUUAAGAUACCUGUGGUAAAAUGUAGUUUUACUUGUGUAUAUACAUUUUGGGUAGAAUCUUUUUUUAAGUGUCAAUCUUGUAUAGCCUAGUUAGUACAUACAGUAAGAGACAGGGAGACUACAUUAGGAUGACCAGAAUCAAGACAUUUACAACCAAUAAGCAAACAAAUAACGAAUAAGUAAGCAGAUACUUUAGUCUGAGCCAUUAAUGUUAGUUUGGGGAGUUGUCUGCUUAUUUCUUCUCUAUAGUGUUUUUGGGUGGACCACAUCAGUUGCUAAUACAUAUACUGUAGCAGUUUCAAAGCAUAUUUCAAAAACAUUUUUCAUAUUUAAGUUACUUUCUAUUAACAUAUGAAUAUUUCUAAGUUACGGUGAGAUCUAGAAAUUACAUCUUGUUUUUGAUUUGUGUCUCAUGAACGAUGACGAUCAUAUAAAUACUUUAACCAAACUGUCCCUAAAAGGAUGAAUCUCACAUAGGCCUACCUGGCACAAAUAUGUUUGGGUCAUGAUGGUUGUUACAAAAAAAUUAUUAUUACAAAAAUCAGCAAAACACUUACACUUAAAAAUAAAUGUGCUUCACAAUGCCAUUAAAUCCUUUUUUUUGCUGUGUGGUUUCAUGAAGAACCUUUUAGAACCAAAAGAACCUUACUGUUUAAAGGGUACCUCGACUAUGAAACUCGCAAGCAGUGACAUCACCACCUAUAGUACAAAGUAGUCAUUUAACUCUUUCACCACCAGCGUUUAAAAAAAUAAGUUGCCAGCCAGCGGCAGCGUUUUUCAUGAUUUUCACCAAAGUUGAAUGCCUUCCAGAAAAUGUUUUUCUUUAAAUAUAUAAACAUACAAUAUACCAAAUGAAAGAACAGACCCUCUGCUUUCAAAAAAAAAAAAAAAAAGUUUCAUCCUACCUUUAGUGGUUCUUUUGUAAUCAGCUUUUGAAUAUGGGUAGGUUUCUGCAAAAACACUACAUUUUGAGCAAAAAGCAGAGAUAAUUCAAUUUUUGUGACGGACUUUUCAUAGAGAUCCCAUUCAGAGCGAUCUUUAAAACAGACAUGGACAUGCAGCCGCUUGCCAUAGGGCAAUACUUCCGGGUUUAAAAAGUUGCGGAAAGACGGAAAAUCUCGUCAUUGGUGGGGAAGCGUUUCUCUUAAUUGACGAGAUAUCUCGUCAAUGGCGGUGAAAGAGUUAAAAAGCAGAUGGGAAAUCUGUCUUAAAGGUAUAGUUCACCCAAAAAUGAAAAUUCUGUCAUCAUUUACGCACUCUUAUGUUGUUACAAACCUGUAUACAUUUCUUUGUUCUGAUGAACAAAAAAGAAGAUAUUUUGAGGAAUGUUUGUAAACAAACCAUUCAUAAGCCCCAUUCACUUCUAUAGUAUUCUACUGUAUAGAAGUGAAUGGGGCUCAUGAUCGGUUUGGUAACAAACAUCCCUCAAACAAUCUCUUUAAAGCUAACUACUUGAGUUGAGCGCAGACUUUUAUGCAUUACUUUCCGCUUACUUGCGCAUGCGCAUAUGAAUAAACAAAACUACUAGCGCACAUGAGCAAAACUGUGAGAAAGCCGGUUAAGGUGUUUACAUGCAACGCGAAAUUAGGGUAAUGAGCAAAAACUACCUGUGUCAAAACGCUGUUUAUGGGCUUUUCCUGAUAAAAACCAUUUUGCGUGUUUACAUGAUCCCUCACGUUAUCAGUUUAUUAAGCAUAAUUGGCAUAGGACUGUGCAUGUGUGUUUAAACACAUUCAAAGUUUUACUCUCCACUCACACUUUCUUUCCUCUCAGAUCUUUUUUAUAGAUGUUUUCUGUAUCGUUCAUCAUUUAUGCUACUCUGUGGUUCAUAUUGAAAGUGCUGAACAGAAGACGUCGAUGUUCUUGUAUUUUUAAUCGCAUGCAGAUGUCAGAACCACAGCAUUUGUCAAAACCAAAUGCUGUUCACAAUCUACUGAAUGAAGACUUGUUUCCAUGCUAUAGCAUUAAUAGAACAGGUUUUGAUUGCAACCAUUUGACCAAAAAUGGUGGCCUCCAAUUAAUUAAAAUCAUGUACUGGUUGUACUGUUUCACAUUUUAAUAUAGUGUUAAUCUAAUAAGCCAUACAUUUGUUUAUAGUCGGGGUACUUUUUAACAAAAGGUUCUUUGUAGUGAAAACGGUUUUAUAAAAAGGGUAUUUUUUGACAUGGUAUCACUGCAGAACCCUUUGUAGCACCUUUAUUUUAAAAAAUGUGAAUCAAAACUUAUUUCCCAGUGUAAUGAUUCAUUUAUAAAUCUGAACUCUCUCUUAUAAAGUAGUUUCCAGCUUCCGAUCUGAAUAUUCAAUAGCCUAAAGAAAAAAUCUCCAACAUGAGAAACUCCACUGCCCCCAAUCUGUCAUAUCAUCUCCAGUUCAUCUUCAACAUUACCCCUCCUCCAUGAGCCGUGCUUGAAGAGGGAACACCAAGUCAGGCACAAAAUUUGCCCGACUGACCUAGAUAUUCACAUAAAUACACUGAGCCCAUAGUUUUUUCUCAUCUUUUUUGCCGAUUUCCACAUUUUGCCUUAGGACUCACAACUGUAUGUAUUUUAAUCAAAACGACAGUAUGUGAAAGCUUACUGUAGCUAUAGGAAAAAGUGAAUUAGGUUUUGAAACCUGUACUGUUACUACGCACAAAUUUUUAAUUUGCAAUAUAUUUUUAAUUUGCUUUUACUUUCAUGUUUUAUGUGCCAUAUUAUUUUUGCAUUAGGAACAUUUACGAAUGACUUCCAAGACUUGUCUUGAGAGGUUGCAUUACCUUUUUCGCUAUGGUAUCAGCUGGAGUCUGAAUACGUCCGAAUGCCUCAACUUUGUAGUUGCAUGGGUCUGUUGAUCGCAUGCGAGGGAGACCAACUUGCACGUGCUUACACCGUCCAAUACGACAGUUUAAAGACUGUUAAUGGUGCCUUUCCCUUAAUAAAAUACACAUGACUACAUAAGAAAAGGAAAACCGGAGAUGUAGCUGCACCGAUUAGGUUCAUCUCAGGAAUUAAUUCUGCAACUUUUUUCAUUUACAUUUCCCAAGAGGCGUCAUGUUAAUGUGUGACAUCAUAGCGUACCUUAAGACUAUAAUUCACUUAAUACGUAUUUAGAUGUUCAUUUGAAUCCAGCCUUUAUACUUUUGCCUUAUAAAAUAGAUACAAUUAUAGGGUUAUCUUUACAGAUAGAAAAGUGUGCAAAUGCAACGUUUAAAACUGAGACUGACUUGGCUCCAAUGUUAAAAAAAAUAUGAGAAUGCCUGGGAAAAUGACAUUUGUAGCUAAUUUACAUAUCUCAGAAAAGAAAAUAUAUACGUUUUGCUUUGAUCUAAAAUAAUUAUUUGGCUUUAAUGAAAAAAUAUCCACUAACCAUGAAAGAUUUUCAUUAAAAAAAAUUAAUAGUUAUGUUAAAAAGUGUGGGAACCAUGCAGUUAUCGGAUGAAUGAAUCAGAUUUUUUGCCUUUGUACAUUAAAAGGGCUAAGACAAAUACUGCCCUCUGGUGGCCAAAACGGACCUCUAUUUGUUCACCAUCAUAAUAAAAGGACGUAAAAAAUAAAAUGGUGUUGGGCAACUACCAAGUUGGCAGACAGUUUAAAAUUGUAAUCACAUUUAUUCUUGCUUCAGCAUAUUUCCCCCAUAGACAUUUUAGGCGAAUCUAGCUUGCACUAGCAGCCAUAAGGGUUAAAUAAGUGUAAAAUUCACAACCUUGGAUUUGCAUUCACUCACUGUCUAUGUAACACUCAUGCAUUUGAAUACUUGAGUAUCAUUAGAUUUCUUUUUCUCUGCUGCUGGGAUAUUAAGUGCAUUACAUUUCCAUAUGUCUGUUGUAAAAUCCACAUAUGUAUACAGUUAUGGAGCUGAUGUUGACAUAAAGAAUAAUAUCAGGUAAUAAUAUCAUCCAUAAUUCAUCCUGUGCCCAGUGAUCCAACAAGGUUGUUUUGUGAAAAGCGUAUACUUUUGCUGUUAAGUUGAAACCUGCUACCCAAGCUAAUGCAUUGCAGUAUUUAAGACGUUGCUGGUCUUAUUAUAAUAGGAUGUUGUAUGGUACUUGCACGAUUACUAAGGCACUUGGUGCAUCCCUGUACUUAACAGACUAUAUGUGAUAUUUCUGGAAGUAUGUUUUGGGAAUGUAUGCAACAUUGGGCGUGUAUUGUAUGUAUGCCUUUGUGGGUGUUUAUUGUAUGUAUGCUACAGUAAGAUUCCUUCUCUGGACACGAUGUCCUACGGGACAAAGGUGUCAUCUGUCUGUUAUAGUGGGUUGUUUUUUCCUCCUCUAAACACUUCUCGUCUGGUGAUGCUGUUCUUAAAUGAGUGUUCGAAUGGUCGGAUCCCCCCGUGAUGUUAUCGUACACCACCCCACUGUUUGGAUGUGAACCAUUCUUGAGUCCAAAUAAAUAAAUAAAAAUACAUUUUUUGACCUUA